GGAACGACUGUAAAAGUCAUGUUUGUGUUUUCAAUUAUUCAAUAACUGAGCUUAUCUACAUUCCAAAUCCUUUAUGAACCCACUGUCCUCAAGUUCGUUUCCCCCGUGCAAAUAGUCUAUCGGACAGUCAGACCCGCGGAAACCUGUGCCGGGCCGGCAUCCGACACAUCCGGGAACAUGUUCCGAUAAGGUAUCGCAGAGCGUCUCAAGAAAUCAUAAAGUCUCGAUACGUCACGGGUCAUAGUCGAGUGCAUCUUUCCAAACACAAAGUCACAAUGCGGGUCGCGUGGUCCAGACUAAUUCGUUUCGCCGCUACCGACGGCCGCAUCCUUCGCGGCGAGCCCAUCCUCCCAACUCCAGAUUUCGAUCUCGGCAAAACAACCGCAGAAACCAAGCUACAAGCAAAAGUCAUUGUAGGAGACAACAUCUACGAUAAUACGGGUGAAACAAAGGUUUCUGACGAGGUCGUUACGGUCAAGAAGUUACUUGGACCUUUGACGCGAGAUGAUGUCGAUAUUCUGCGUUGCGUAGGCCUUAAUUAUGCGAGACAUAUCAAAGAAGCUGGUCGAACUCCGCCACCAUAUCCUUUCAUCUUCUUCAAGCCCACCACCUGUCUUCACGACCAUGACAAGGACGUCGUCAUCCCCAAGAUUGCUCAAGAUGAUCAAGCGGAUUACGAAGGCGAGCUGGUGAUAAUUAUCGGGAAAGAUGCCAAAGACGUACCGCUUGGAGACGCACUAGACUACGUCGCUGCAUACACGGGUGGCAACGAUGUGUCCGCGAGAAAACUGCAGCGCGACCCGAAACUCGCAGGAGGCAUUCCGCAAUGGGGGUUUUCCAAAGGAUUCGAUACGUUUGCGCCGAUAGGCCCUGCGCUGGUUGCGUCGGAACUGAUUGGUGAUCCGAAGAAGCUGCUGCUCCAAACGAUUGUGGAUGGUGAGGUACGGCAGAACGAGUACGUGGAUGACUUGCUGUUCGAUUGCGCUUAUCUGGUACAUUUUUUGUCCCAAGGGACCACGUUGCGUAGGGGAUCGGUCAUUAUGACGGGAACGCCGGGUGGCGUUGGCGCUGGAUUGAAGCCGCCGAAGUAUCUCGUUCCGGGGACAAUCAUGGAAGUGUCGAUCAGCAAGAUUGGCACACUGCGGAAUGGUGUCAAAUUUGUAUAGAGGCAGCAAGCAAUAGAUAAAGUCAUGGU